AUGUUCAUGUUAUCAUUGUUGGUGACAAGAUCAUCAUCCUCCCAGGUUAAUGCUCCAUGUACCCCGAUGCAAGUUUCUGAAGAUUAUGAUUAUUGUGACGACUCUCUCCUUCUUGGUCCUCCAUGGGUUCCUCCAUUGAAAGUUUGUUGUGAUAGUAUAAGAAUGAACAAGAUGAAAUGCAUUUGUCAAGGCGUCACAAAAAGGGUCUUGCAAUACUAUGACGCAAAUAAGCUUCUGAAACUCUCUCAGGCCUGCGGCAACCUAUUAGCCCCUGGAUCUUAUUGUGGUGUCUAUAAAGUUCCUGGUGGUAAUUGA